UUGCUCAACUGAGGUCAACUCAGGGCAAAGAGGGACUACACAACAACUAUCCGACCUCUCUGCUCCCUGCCUCAUGGCUCCCCCUUACCCCCCAAGGGAUAGCCCCACUUCUCAGCCUGGCACUCAAGGUCUUUACAAGAUCUGGCACCACGUCCCCUAGCCUCAGAAAUCACCUUCUCUUCAAAUUCUACUUUUCAGCAAAACAAGCCAUGUAGUUCCUUGACUACGCCUCAUGCCAUGCUAAGGUCCGGCAGCCUGCUGCUUGAAAAAGUUCAAAAUCGAGAGACAUGGUUGGUGGAAAGAAAAGCAGGUUUAUUCAGAAUGCCGGCAUUCUGGGAGGAUGGCAGACUCCUGUCCAAAGGCCAUCUCCCCUUUUCUAGAACUGGCAGCCGGUUUUAUAGGUACAUAAGAAGAAGAAACAAAGGAAAGGCGGAAUUGGUCAGGCAGAUCUGAGGGCUCAUAUCCUUCCUGGGGUCUGAUCUAUUUUAAGAUAAUAUUAUCUUUGGACUCUGGACUUAGACUGGCUAGCGAAGCCUGAGGCUUUAUGUGUAUUCCAGUGUCGGGGCACCUGAGGAUUAAGAAAUUGCCCUUUCCAGGUUUGGAUUUUGUUAAUUAAAUGGAUUAACCAGGUAUGUGUAGCCUAGAGAAAGAGAACAAAACAGUUUUUAAGUGGAUUAGUGAGGGGAGAAACAAAGAGAAAAUAGCUGAAUAUCAGGAUCUAACUGCAAACUAAGUUUCGAGCUAUGCGGUGCCAGUAGGGAGAACAAGGAGAUCCCAGACCAGAACAGACCUCCCGAGGAAGGCUGAGGAGCCGUCUGGGCCGCCCCCAAACCCCUUCCGGAGCAAUCCCAAAGCCUGGCGACCAGGAUGAGGUGUUCCCGGCCCAUGCAGACAGCGGUGGGCCUGGCUGCCAUGCUUGGUAUCUUCACUCUCUUCCUCCUCAAUCUGCAGCUGUCACCACCUCCCUGCGGGGGCCCGAAGGAGCCGCUGGCCAGCCCUACGGCUCUGACCUGGCCCCCUCCGCCCUCCCACCCUCGGCCCGCCCCCUGCCGGGCCAAUACCUCCAUGGCUGAGCUGCGGGACUUCAGCGAGCAGCCACAGCACGUGCGCGACUUCCUUCUGCAUAGACACUGCCGCGACUUCCCGCUACUGCAGGACGUGUCGCCAGCCAAGUGCGCCCAGCCAGUCUUCCUGCUAUUGGUCAUCAAAUCUUCACCCAGCAAUUAUGAGCGCCGGGAGCUGGUGAGGCGCACGUGGGGCCGAGAGCGGAAGGUGCAGGGCGUCCAGUUGCGCCGCCUCUUCUUGGUGGGCACCGCCUCCCAACCGCUGGAGGCCCCCAAGGUCAACAGGCUGCUGGCGAUAGAGGCACGGGUACACCGUGACAUCCUGCAGUGGGACUUCCACGACACCUUCUUCAACCUCACGCUCAAGCAGGUGCUCUUCCUACAGUGGCAGGAGACUCGGUGCCCCAAUGCCAGCUUCUUGCUCAAUGGCGACGAUGACGUCUUUGCACACACAGACAACAUGGUCUCCUACCUGAUGGGCCACAGUCCUGAUCACCAUCUCUUCGUGGGGCACCUGAUCUACAAUGUGGGCCCCAUCCGGAACCCCUGGAGCAAGUACUAUGUGCCAAAGAUAGUGACACAGAAAGAGCACUACCCACCCUACUGCGGGGGUGGUGGCUUCCUGCUGUCCCGUUUCACAGCUACUGCCCUGCGCCGGGCCAGCCACACCCUAGACCUCUUCCCCAUCGAUGACGUCUUCCUGGGCAUGUGCCUGGAGAAGGAGGGCCUGAAGCCUGCCUCACACAGUGGUAUCCGCACGGCUGGCGUUUGGGCCCCCUCGAACCGCCUGUCCUCCUUUGACCCCUGCUUCUACCGGGAGCUGCUGCUGGUUCACCGCUUCUUGCCAUACGAAACGCUGCUCAUGUGGGACGCACUGAGCCAGCCCAACAUCACCUGUGGCAGGCGAGUGCACAUCCACCCGGGGGAUGGCUUGGCCCUCAGCCUCUAGGCUCCCAUCUCCACUUCCAUAGGAAGGGGCAGUGUUGUCCUCCCAGGAAGCUGAGACCUUUGUCCUCCUAGGGCCUGGCGAAGUGCUAGGGAGGCUUUGCUGAGUGAAUAGCUUUGCUGGCAAACCCCUACACAUCCUUCUAAACCCACCCAGUGCUGCUUAGACCCUGUUAUAUCAUCCUUCCUACACUCUCAGCUGGAGAGACCAUCAUCUCUCUCGCCAUGGCAGCUAGUGGUAGAAGCACUUCGACUGGGGUUCCAACUGCUGCUGCGGCUUCCAGCCCAGUCGAGUCAAGGUCCCACACCACAGCCCCAGCCUUGAUCAUGGGCUGGACCGUACUUGGGGGCCAGCCUCUCCUUGGUAGUGAACCUGCGGUGGUUUAAUUAUGGGUGAGUUUGGGCCAUGGUUCAAAGCCAAUUGGGAAUUCCUGGGUUCACAUGCAGCUGAAGAGAGAAGUGUUUUUCAGUCUGGGGAAGGUUGGUUCGGUACCUGACCCCUUCCUGGGUCUUGGACCCCUGAGGGGGUGGGAGGGGCCAGAGAGGCCAUGAAUUGGACUGCCCUCUCCCUGCCUGUGGUAUUAAGUGCUCUACUGGUGGAAGGAUUGGGCAAAGGAGGAACAGCUGUCUGUCUCAGCCAAUUGGGACUCAACAUCUAGAGUCCCUGGCAGGACCCAGCUCCCCACACCUCGGCUCCCCAAGAACUCAGGGAACAUUAUUGGGAUCAGAGGGGUCUUCACUGGGCCCGAGGCCAGCAUAUCCACUCACCCCAGUGCCCAGAGAAUGGGGAGGUUCAGGUCAUUGAGUGGCCCUGAGCUCUUGGGACCCAGGGCCCCAGGGCCCCAGAAUUAGGACUGGGGAGAUCCAAGCAAACUGGUGACCCCCAGCCCUGCGGGCCGGGGACAGAUGUCUGGGACUUGGGCCUCCCAGGCAUUGGGGUGGUGGCAGGGGUCAACUCAUACAGCAGAGUGCAGACUGGAGAGUGGGUCCUCAGGGAAUAAAAAGUUUUGUGAAGA